UUCAAUGGAUGUCUUCAGCACAUUCAAAGAGAUGAAAACUGUUGCCCCAAGUUUGUCAAGACAAGCAUUUUUGCAGAUGUUGGAGAGCAGGACUGUUCACUUUGGAAGGGAUGGGAAAAUAUAUGGAGAUGUCUUCCAACGAAGCUUCGUUGAAUAUACAUUCUGCCUGUACCAAUGUGACAGAAUGGCCAACGUGGAACAGUUCACCUGCCCAGCAUGUACACCGAACAUGCUUGCCCUCUGUGCAGAUGGCAACAGAAAACAAUACCGAUUUCGGCAGUCAAAAGGGUCAGAGGAGCCAUAUUUUGAUGGCACCUUUAUCUGCAGAGACGCAGAUGUCCACCAUUUUGUUGAGUACGUCAGAGGCAAAAUUAAAAGUACUACAGGGAGAGGAACCUGCGGAGCAAGUCAGUGGUCUGCUGCUCAAGAGACUGCAAGAAGAGCGAGCAAACUUGAUGAAGAGGGGCUUGAGGUGGUUGUUUGCAGGCAUGGAGUGUUGCUCAAGGCUCUCAAUAUGUACAGGGGAGAAAUAUUUGCCUAUCCACUGCCCUUUUGUGGAGCUUCAGGCAACCACAAAAGGGCAGUUCUACUGCACAGAUUUUGCCUGCAAAUACUGGCCCUACAAGGAGAAGCUGGCAGCAUCCAUGAUGGACCUCAGACCUUUACUGCAGAUGAAGCCAUUCCUGUCCGUCAUGCAUACCAAGGCCCAUUCAACCAAGUGUGAGGAACUACAUAUUCUUCAUCAUACCAUUUUAAAUUGUAAUUUGAUUGUAAUCAAUUAAUUGAUUUGAUUGGAAUUUCAUUACUUACUAUAGUGUAUAUGAGGAUAAGUUUCUUUGUGA